CUCUUCCUCCAGGCAUUCCUGGUCUCUUUCCAUCCUCGGCUCAGCUCCCGCCCCUCCCGGGCAGCUUCCCGUCUCUUUCCUAAUCUGCAGCCUGCGGAGCCCGAGUCUGCCCCGGACCAGGUGGGACCAAGAACUUCUACUCCAGGAUGUUGACGAAAUUGCUGUCGCUGCUGCUGCUGCUGCUGCCUGGCUGCGCCUUUUGUAACCAGGAAGACUCAGAUGGCUCUCAAAGCCUGCGUAUGCUCCAGAUCUCCUACUUCCGAGACCCCGAUCACGUGAGACAUCAGGGCAACGCCUCGCUGGGGAAAAUCCUGACACACACACUGGAGGGCCCAAGCAACAAUGUUACCAUCCUCCAGCUGCAACCCUGGCAGGAUCCCGAGAGCUGGAAGCACACAGAGCAGGGCCUGCAGCUCUACCUGUCCCAGUUCCACUCCCUGGUGCAGCUGGUGUAUCGCGAGCGCAAGAGCAGCGUAGUCUUUCCUCUCACAAUCACUUGCUCCCUGGGCUGUGAGCUACCGGCCAAGCAGUCUACUGAGAGUUCUGAAGCCCCGAGCUCUGAAGCCCACGUCUUCUUCGAUGUGGCUGUGAAUGGGAGCUCCUUUGUAAGCUUCCAGCCAAAGACUGCCUUGUGGGUGACUGGCUCCCAGGAGCCCUCCGAAGCUCUCACCUUCACCCUGAAGCAGCUUAAUGCCUACAAUCGGACUCGGUAUGAACUGCAGGAAUUUCUUCAGGACACCUGUGUGAAGUAUGUGGAGAACCACAUCACUACACAAAACAUGAAAGGGAGCCAAACAGGCCGCUCUUACACUUCACUGGUCCUGGGCAUCCUGAUGGGCAGUUUCAUAAUUGCUGGUGUGGCCGUGGGCAUCUUCCUGUGCACGGGUGGACGGCGCUGCUAAUUAUUCUCAAGUCCUCUCAGAGAAAGGGCUGGACUGAUGAGGGCUGGUAAGGGAAGGUCACAGCUCUUAGGAAGCCAAACAGACUGUCUCCCCCAGUGGACCACCCAAUCUCAGGAGGUUUAGCGCAACAACUCACUUUUUCUCCUGCAGCUGCCAACCAGUUUGAGGAAGGGAUGCAAAGAGGGUUUGUAGACAAAGCACUUGAGAGCAACGUGCAUGCCUUGUUUAACUGGUCUGAGAAGCAGCAGUGUUUGCUUAUCUGUGGAGAUCAGACGAUAGACUUGGGGUGUCUGUGACCCACUUGCAAAGGCAGAUUCAUUGGAGGCGUAUCACAACAUCUAACUAAAUAAAAUGAGUUGCCUGUAACCAAAAUAAACA